GCAUACUCAGGUUGUACUUCCGGGUCUGGUCGCUAACAUGGCGGAUAAAGAGAAAAAGAAGAAAGAAAGCAUUUUUGAUUUGUCAAAAUACAUUGACAAACCCAUUCGUGUAAAGUUUCAAGGAGGGAGAGAAGCCAGUGGUGUCCUGAAGGGUUUUGAUCCGCUGUUAAACCUGGUACUGGACGGGACCAUUGAGUACAUGCGUGAUCCAGAUGACCAGUUGAAGCUGACUGAGGACACACGGCAGUUGGGGCUGGUGGUCUGCAGAGGGACCUCUGUGGUGCUCAUCUGCCCUCAGGACGGCAUGGAGGCGAUACCCAAUCCUUUCAUACAGCAGCAGGAUGGCUGACAUCUCGCGCUGUUUGUCUCAGAUUGUUAUUUACAAUUUAUUUGGUUUUUUUUGUGUUUCUUAAAUGUUGUAAUAAUAAUUGCAUUACAU